AUGGCUGAGGGUCAACCUCCGGAGCCGAACGUUCAGUUACUUGUCGAUCCUGUAGAGCCAGUCGUGAAUCCACCGGUCGUGAACCCGCUAGUUGUGAAUCCGCUGGGUGUGAAUCCACCGAAUGGCAACCAGAAUGUUAAUGUCGCUCAGCCUCAGGAACUGGAGGUAGUUCUCUUUUAGUUGUUAUGAAUUCUUUCGUGGCAUAUUUCUCUUGUCUGUCGUAUCUUUCAGGUUCUUCACACAGCAUGGUGGAGAGAAUAACGGAAAUCUUUUCGGAAGAUUGUCGGGCUAUUCCGCGUGGCUAGUUAACGAACUAGCGUUCGGUGUCUGGCUUGUGGCUGGAGGAACGCCGUGGAUUCGCUUAUUUUGUAUUUCUUUCGGCCUUUGUGGUCGUUGGAUGGUUACAAAACCGUACGAGCAAGGUGGCCGAUUUGUUCGGCGGUGGCUAGUUGAUGGAUUAGCGGUCGGCGUCUGGCUCUUGGCUAGAGGAACGCGGUGGACUCGCUUGUUUGUAUUUUCUUCGGCCUUUGUGGUCGUUGGAUGGUUACAAACCGUACAGGCGAGGUGGCCGAUUUGUUCGGCGGUGGUUGGUUGACGGACCAGCGUUGGGCGUUUAGCUUUUAGCUAGAGGAAUGCUGUGGACUCGCUUAUUGUACAAGCGACGUGGCCGUUUUGUUCGGCGGUGACAUCUAGCUUUUGGCUAGAGAGACGCCGUGAAUUUGCUUAUUUGUAUUUCCUUCAGCCUUUUUGCGGUCGUGGGAUGAUUACGAAUGGUGACAGCGAGGUGUCAUUUGUGUUUUGUCUUUUCCUUCGGCUGAUGUGGCCUUUGGAUGUUUGUUAUGAGUUAUGAUAAUGGGUCAUCGUUAAUUGUUGAACGUUGCUAGGUCGUCUUACUUGUAUUUUCUCCUUUGGCUGUGCCUGCCGAAGGAUGUUUAUACAUGGUAACGCGGGAAGUUACGUGAUGUUUUUGUUUUUUCACGAGGCCUGUAAUGAGGUUUUUUAUGCAUAACACUAAGUGCUUCGCACAUUGAGGUGGGCGGUGAUUAAGAGUCUCUUGGUUCCUUUGCAGAGAUUGUGUGAGGAGGUGAGACAGUUAAAGCAGUCAGUGGAGGCAGUAACCAACGCGUCGCCUGAGAAGCUCGUGGAACAGAUCUUGGCUUAUGCUUCCCGCCCGUUGACAGAGUUUAACAAGUAUGAGGUGCUUGAGAUGUUGGAGACUCUGCAUAACAAGGCCGCUGACCGUAAUCAUGACAGGAAGAACUGCUAUCGGCUCGUUCAUCAGUCGGCGAGGAAAAGGUGGAGUUGUCGAAGGACCACUUCAAGGACCUUGUUAUGCGCCUAUUAG